AUGGCAAAUGUAAUAUUGGAACGGCUGGGAUUAACAGCUCUCCUUGUUUAUAAAUAUGAUAUAGAAGUCGAUGAAACAACAACCACUGACAAAGGAGACGGCGAUCAAUCGAAACAGAACUCAACUCCUCCUAUCCCGGCCAUUUCUGGAGCUGUUGGCGGUGUUAUAGUUAUGCUAGUCGUCGCCUUGAUAGUCGUCUAUUUUCUUAAGAAAAGAAAGAUUAAGAAGAACCAGACUCGUGAAGAAGGGGAAGAGAAAACUGUUCAUGAAUAUCAUACCAUUGAAAGUAUAUCACCAGAACCUUAUGGAAAACGUCAGUCCGAGGGACAAACAUCCAUUAAAUCAUCUGAAUUGGCAGUGGUUAACUACGAAGUCGUUUCUGAUACCAUUUUUCUUGGUGGAACAUCGGAAUCUUCCGGAGAGGAGGAUGAUCUCGAAAUCGAUGCAGACGAAGCAAGAAAGUCAGAGAAAAAAAUGUUGAAUAUAAAGAUGGAAGAGAACGUGUACUACAUAGGAAUACAGGACAUAGAAAAACGAAAGAUACAUCUGGAUGACUUAGUUUCAUUUGUUACUGGAAAAACACAAGAAUAUUAUGAUGAAGAAUUUGAUAAAUUUCCAGACGGCCUAACAAGGAGUUGUGGCGCUGCCAAAUUACAUAAAAACAGGGCAAAAAACAGAUACAAGGGAUUAUAUGCAUAUGAUGCUACAAGGGUGAAAGUGACUGGCUUUGACACCGACUACAUAAAUGCUAACUACAUCGAUGGCUUCAAGGAGAGAAAUGCGUAUAUCGCUUCGCUUGGUCCAAUGUCUAAACAGUUGGGAGACUUUGGCAUGUUCUGGAAUAUGAUUUGGCAACAGAAGGUGGAAAAGAUUGUCAUGGUUACCAACCUAAUGGAGGAAGAGAAGGAGAAAUGCGAGCAGUACUGGCCUCAUAUUGGGAUCACUAAAAACUACAGCGGGGUGAAGGUCACCUGUCAGAGCGAGGAUGAGUAUGCAGAGUUUACGAGAAGAUUGCUGCUCCUAAAUGAUGGCAAAUCUGAGAGGCAGCUGCACCAUCUCCACUUCACGGCCUGGCCUGAUAGGGGAAUCCCAGAGGACGUCACAGCGUUGAUUGAGUUCCGACAUAGAGUGCUUGAUUCUCCUGCUCAUCUUGACGGUCCAACACUGGUCCAUUGCAGUGCGGGAAUCGGUCGAACAGGGACAUAUAUUGCGUUAGAUAUUCUAACAAAGGAAGGCAAUUCGAACAAGGCCGUGGAGAUUCCAGGAUGCAUCAUCAAUAUGAGACAGAACAGGCCAAACAUGGUCCAGACAGCGGAACAGUACGAGUUUCUACACCUUGCCCUGGUUCACACCCUGUCUUUUAACUGUGAACAGAUACCAGGAAAACAGUUUCAGGACUACAUGAUCGAGACCAGCAAAGGCGAUCUUAUCAGGCAGUUUAAGAAAAUAACGGAAACUCCCCACGUUCACACUGACGAUGAAAUCGUAGCUAUAGAACGAAACAAGUCUGAGAAAGGAAGGAACAGAAGCGGAGCAGAUAUUCCAGGCGAUGAAUACCGCCCUCGACUUUAUCUGGGAAUAAGACAUGGAGAUUCAGACUAUGUCAACGCUGUCUUUGUUCAUGCGUUUCCAGCGAAACGGAAAUACAUUGUCGCCCAGUCUCCGAUGCCAAAUACUGUACAGGGUUUCCUGACUUUGGCAUACCAAGAAAAUUGCUCCUGCAUUGUCAGCUUUGAGCAAAGUGACGGCAAAAAGGAUAUAGGUGAAUAUUAUCCAGCGGACAAUCAAGUGCUCAAGAAAGGUCAACUGUCUAUUUCAUGUGAGAGGGAUAAAGUCAAGAACGAGUACAGUAUCCAGAAAUGGCUAACUAUUGAGUUCAAGGGAAGCACACAGAGUGAAGGUGGCAAGAGCACAUUGCGACACUUUGAGUUUACAGACUGGAACCAGAAUGGAAAUAUUCCAUGCAGCCCUGCUUACUAUGUCUCAUUUCUGAGAGAUGUCAAAAAGGCAUCGUCCAAUGGGCCUGUUCUUGUCCACUGCAGGUAG